CAUGUCAGUUCCGCCUUAAAACAGGUUUCUUGCCUGAACUGUAUCUAGCACCUCCCAGACAUGACCUGAGAGAGUACAAAAUGCCUCUGCAGAAACCCUGAAGUGUUUUUUCCACCUUCGCUGUUCAGGAUGCACAGGUGUUGCCUGCUGUUCAGCCUCCUUUCAGCUCUCAUAAUGCUGAGCAGCAUUAAAGCUGAUAUAGAUGUGUGUAACUCUGCUCAGCAAGCAUGCGGGGCCUGGGCACCCGGGGACGUCGUGAUAGGUAUACUUUUGCCAUGUCAUCAUAAAGUGAAAUCUCUCCAUGAACGGAUCAGACCUGAAGGCUUUCUUUGCUCAGAUUUUGCUCUGGAGUCAUUUAUGAUGUCCUUGGCUGCAAUCCAUGAAAUUGAGGAGAUAAAUGGAGCUAAUUUCCUCCCUGGAGUGCGUCUUGGAUAUUUGAUGUGUGACACAUGCUCAUAUGCUAGCAAAGCAUUGCAGAGUGUGGGGCACAUGCUCGCAGUUAAUGGGUCUCUGAGAGUGAAGUGUGACUACACCAACUUCCGACCCAGAGUCAAGAUUAUUUUAGGAGCGUUGUACUCUGAGGUAUCCAUCGCUGUGGCCAGAUUGCUGAACAUCUACAUGGUCCCCCUACUGAGCAGCACAUCAUCCUCAAAAGAACUAAGUAAUAAACUGCGCUACCCAUCCUUCAUGCGCAAUAUUCCAAGUGACGAGCAUCAGACCAAAGCAGUGGCCAAAAUAAUGCAUCAUUAUGGCUGGAACUGGGUUGGUGUUGUGUAUGGGGAUGACGAUUAUGGCAGAGCAGCUUUCCAGAGCUUUCUCUCGGAUGCUGAGGCAAAUAAUGUCUGCUUGGCCUACCAAAAGGUGAUGCCUCACCUUGAUAAUUCACUCAGUAUGCAAAACAUCAAGCAGGUUGUCGAGCAGAUCCGCUCGUCCAAUGCUCAGGUAGUACUGCUAAUCCUCAAGGCCGAGCUGGUGCAGGUCCUCUUUAAGGAAAUGAUCAGGACCAACACUUCAAGGACAUGGAUUGCCAGUGAUGCCUGGUCAAACAGCCGGUCCCUUGCCCAAAUGGAAGGCAUUAACCACGUUGGGGACAUCUUGGGCUUUACCUUUGUUUCAGGCAAGAGUGAAUCAUUUGAUAAGUAUCUCAAGAAUCUUACAGCAAACCCAGGAGGCUACAACCACUUCAUUGAAGAAUACAAGAACCUGAGAUUCAACUGCUCCUCAGAAUGUUUCUCAGACAAACCCCCCUCCUAUUGCCCCUCACCCAACCUGCUGAAAGUUAAAGCUGACAAUGCAUGUAAUAUUACAGAUCCCCAAGAACAAAAUGAUGAUUAUCUUCUAAAGGUGCUGGACACAAGUAAAGCCCUCCCUAACAGAGUAGCAGUGUGGGCUGUAGCACAUGCUCUCCAAAAUCUACUGAAGUGCAGCAGUUCGUCAUGCUUGGGAGAAAUAAACUUCCCACCAUGGAAGCUUCUUGAAGAAUUGAGGAAGGUAAAUUUCAGGCAUGACGAUCAGAAUUACUCCUUUGAUGAAAAUGGUGAUUUUGUAAGUGGCUACGAUCUGAUCGUGUGGAAAAGAGAUGGACACCACCGAACAUUUCAAAAGAUUGGGAAAUACCAUGUCAUCAGUGCAGAUGUACAGGUCAAUGUGAAAAAUUUCACCUGGCUUUCAACAGCCAAUACCACGACUCCUCAGUCCAGAUGUUCAGAGCGCUGCACACCUGGCUUAGUAAAGAAGAUCUUGAACGUAUCCUGCUGUUACAACUGCAUCCCAUGUAUGGAGGGGACGUAUUCAGAUGCCUGGGAUCUUCAUGAGUGCAAAAAGUGUCCCAAUGGAACUUGGUCUCUCAGGGGUUGGGAUCGAUGUAAGCCAAGACAAGAGUCAUACCUGCGAUGGAAUGAUGCUCAUCCAAUCAGCAUGAUGGCAGCCGCAGCCUUUGGCAUCCUGCUGUUGUUGGUUAUCUUCACUAUCUUUUUGGUGUACAAAGAUUCCUCACCAAUGAAAAGGGCUGAGGUGAGGUUGUCCUGUGUGAUGAUGACUGGUCUGGCAGUGAGCUUCACAAGUGUGAUAUGCUUCAUGGGCAAGCCUAGUGUACACCUCUGCCGGGCCCGCCAGCUAAUGUAUGCAAUGGGCUUCACCCUAUGUGUGUCCUGCAUCCUAGUCAAGGCCUAUCGUACCUUCCUGGCUUUCCUUCCCUUCGGUCAGAUGACAAAUAGGCAGCUACACAGACUUUACAAGCCCCCUGUGAUUGUCAUCAUAGUAACUACUCUCCAGGGAAUAAUCUGUCUUCUCUGGCUGAUCUUCGAUUCUCCUGAUGUUGAUAACACUCCUCCAUCCCCACAAAGCAUGAAGAAAAUAAUACAGUGUCAUGAAGGUGCCACACACAUAGGCUUUGGCAUUAUGUUGAGCUACAUAGCUCUGCUAGCAUUGGUUGGCUUCCUCUUGGCCUUCAAAAGCAGGAAGGUUCCUCAGGAGUUCAGUGAAACAGGUUACAUCAUUUUCAGCAUGCUGAUGUAUUUGUUUGUAUGGGUGUGUUUUGUCCCGGUGUACAUCACCAACCAUGAAGGUGGCACUCCUGUGCAGGCUUCAGCCAUUCUAGUAUCCAGCUACGGCAUCAUCUUCUGCCAUUUUUUACCCAAAUGUUACGAAGCACUCUUUGGGUCAAAGUUUGAUACACUGGAUAUGAUUCUGGGGAGAUGGCGAGUCAUCUCCAGUCCAAGUCCUCAUUCAGAGACAGAGACAGAUAUAGGUAUCCCUGGAAUGAACACACCCUCACAAAUAAAUAGUAGGUUUUCCACAUCAAGUGCAUCAACCAUACUUGGGAGCUCAGGCAGUCUGAGUGGAGUCCUCCCUGCUGAUGCAGAGCUGGUCAUUGUGCCUGUGUCCAAAGAAAAAACUCAUGCCUGUCCUCCGUUUACCCGCUUAGGAACAAAAGUCACAAUGAGACGGAGUAUAUCAUUCUAAAACUUGAUGUGUACUGCUAUUUAAUUUUUAAAGUAGGGCAGGGCGGCAUGGCCUAAAAAUUCAAUCUCGUUUUUCUUUUACACCAAACUCAUUUACUGAUUUUAAUAGAUUUUUUUUUCUUCUUAAAAACAAACAACAAUUGACAAAGAAAUAAUUAUUUUAUUUCAUUUUAAUGCUUUUAUUGUAAACAAAAUUGCCCUGCCAUCAUAACAAUGCACUUUCAAACUCACUCGACAAAAAAUGACUCUCUUUUUGAUAAAAACAAAUCAAAAUGACAACAGCAACUUCUUUCAUAGCUUUCCUUAAGCACACCUCUCCUCACGGUGUCCGUAAACCGAGUGAGUGAGUGAGUGAGUGAGUGUCUGUCUGUCUGUCUGUCUCUCUCUCUCGUGAACAUUGCUGUUCCUACUAACAUUCACAAUGGCAUCUAAAUUAUUUUUUCGAUGUGUAUUAUAUAUUUCUAGUUUGCACUUGCCUUCCAAUAAAUAGCUUAAUAAUAAACCAGUGUCUCAUUGCUUUUUAAGAAUUGCAGCUGAAUUGCAUGUCUCCUAAACCUCAGUAUUAUGAUAAUGUGAAUAA